CUAAUGCAUCUGCUGUUAGUUCUACCAAUUCUACCUCCAUUGAUUCUACUAAUUCUGUCUCUAAUGAUUUUACUAAUUCUAUCUGCAUUGAUUCUACUAAUUCUGCCUCUGUUGAUUCUACUAAUUUUGUUUCCAUUGAUUUCACCAAUUUCACCUCAAUUGAUUCUAUCUCUAUUGAUUUACUUUUUAUUGAUUUUACUUCAGUUAGUAUAUAUAAUUCUGUUGAUAAUCCAAAAGUAGAAGUUGAAGUUGAGGCAAUGUUAGAAGAUAUUAAGGCAGAGGAUAA